AUCGGCCGGGCAGUUCAAGGAGGAUUUGUGCUGUAGUUUGUCAGCUGUCAUUAGGAGCAGAUGACACAGGAGGGUAAUCUGCUUUUUGCGCACGUCCUUGCUCCAGCAUGUUCCUCUGUCUACAUCGCUGUGUAGUUUCUACAGUGCGGUGACUGCCUGCCUGGACUCAACGUUAUUAGGCUAUCUAACUGAGAGGGCUGCUCCUGUUUUUGCUGUGAAACUGAAACUACAGUAGCCAUGGGUCAGACACUGUGGAUUUGCGGACCCACCUUUGGUCAAAGCGUUGGUGAUAUUUGCUGAAGAUGAGUAGUGCGGGGGAGAACACCCCCGACCCUGCUGCCAGGGGAGAGUCCCUGAAGCGAAAAGAAUGUGGCCCAGACCUCCUGGGGCCCAGCCCCAAGCGGAGCACGGAAAAGCCGAACCGGGAGCAUGAAAACAAAUACAUUGAAGAACUGGCUGAGUUGAUCUUUGCAAACAUCAACGACAUUGACAACUUCAAUGUCAAGCCUGACAAAUGUGCAAUCUUGAAAGAAACUGUGAAGCAGAUUCGUCAAAUAAAAGAGCAGGAGAAAACAACUACUGCCAAUGCAGAGGAUGUACAGAAAGCAGACGUCUCGUCAACAGGCCAAAGCGUUAUUGACAAAGAUGCUCUUGGACCAAUGAUGCUCGAGGCCCUGGACGGGUUCUUCUUUGUGGUGAACAUGGAGGGGAACAUUGUGUUUGUGUCUGAGAACGUGACCCAAUACCUGCUGUAUAACCAGGAGGAGCUGAUGAACACCAGCGUCUACAGCGUCCUGCACGUAGGAGACCACGCGGAGUUCAUCAAGAACCUGCUGCCCAAGUCCCUGGUGAACAGCAGGGCACCGCGGUCCAGUGAGAACCCCAACAGGAAUAGCCACACGUUUAACUGCCGCAUGUUGGUCAACCCCCACGGGCCCGAGGAGGGGGGCGUGCAGGAGCCCAAGGACCAGGAGGUGCAGCAGAAAUACGAGACCAUGCAGUGUUUCGCCGUGUCCGAGCCAAAGUCCAUCAAAGAGGAGGGAGAAGUUUUUUUUUCUUCUCCUCCUCGUCUAGAUUUCCAGUCUUGUCUGAUCUGUGUGGCACGAAGGGUUCCAGUCAAAGAGAGGCCCAUGCUCCCGACAUAUGAGAGCUUUACCACCAGGCAGGAUCUCCAAGGUAAGAUCACAUCGCUGGACACCAGUCUGUUGAGAGCCUCCAUGAAGCCAGGCUGGGAGGACCUGGUAAGGAGGUGCAUCCAGAGAUUCCACCUGCAGAACGACGGGGAGAUGUCCUUUGCGAAAAAGCAUCAGCAAGAAGUCCUGAGACAGGGCCAUGCGUUCAGCCCUCUGUAUCGCUUCUCCCUCUCCGACGGUACCAUUGUGUCAGCCCAGACCAAGAGCAAGCUAGUGCGCUCCCCAGCCACCAAUGAACCACAGCUCUACAUGUCCCUCCACAUCCUCCAGAGGGAGCACACGAUCUGUGGUAUGAACCCGGACAUGUCUGGACAGGGACAGGGGAUGGGGAAGCAGCCAAUGAACCACAUGUCCUCGCUGACCCCUCCCAGUGUGGUUGGGCCGUCCUGUGGGCUAGGGGUCCAGGGCCAGGACACAAUGGUCAGCAGCAAUACCAACAUGGCCGCCAUGGGGGGCCUGCAGGGUGGACGUUAUGGAUGCCAUGGGACUAUGAACCGCACCCCCACUCCUCAGGGUGGCAGCAACUAUGCACUCAAGAUGGGGAUGAACAGCCCGUCGCAGGGAAGCCCCAGUGUGACCUCUCAGGGGGGUCAGGGUGGUGGUGGUACCAUGCUAUCUCCACGCCACCGCCAGAGCCCCAGUGUGGCAGGUAGCCCCCGGGUUCCUCCCCCAGGACCCUUCUCCCCGACGGGCAGCCUUCACUCUCCGCCAGGAGGGUGUAACAGCACAGGGGUGGGGAACAGCCAUGGUGGCUACACUGGUAACAGCUCCCUCAACGCACUUCAGGCCCUCAGCGAAUGCCACAGGGUUUCCCAGGCGCAGCCCUCAGAGUCACCUGACAGAAAGCCAAGCAACCUGCUGCAGAUGCAGAGUCCCCCUGGUAGUGGUGGAGCCAGCAGCAGGAACAACUCCAGGCAGCUGGCCAACCGCAGCAGCACGUCUGAGAGAGAGAUGGAGAUGUUUGGAGUGUACGGAGAGCAGUCCCAGCCAGACGGGGAGGAGAGGGAGGACGGGGAGCAAAGGGAGUCGAAAGACGGCACCCCCGAGCCCUUUGGAGGAGGAGGGCCGGGAGGAGAGCUGACUGACGCCCAGAACAGGCUCCUCAACAGCAAGGGCCACACCAAGCUCCUGCAGCUGCUCACCAACAAGUCAGAGCACAUGGAGCCCUGCUCGCCCCACGGGGGAGGGGACCCUAACUAUAAGGACCCUGGGACGGGGCCGGAGGGCCACAACAACCACUCCUCCUCGCUGAAGGAGAAACACAAGAUCCUCCACAGACUCCUCCAGAACAGCACGUCCCCGGUGGAGCUGGCCAAGCUGACGGCCGAGGCCACGGGGAAGGACCUGGGUCUGGACCAAGGAGGACCAGACAGCAUGGCUUCCAGUGUGGCUGAGAUGGCCACCAAGCAAGAGCCCAUCAGCCCCAAGAAGAAGGACAACGCACUGCUGCGCUACUUGCUGGACAAAGACGACAACACCAUGCAGGAGAAAGGCAUCAAGAUGGAGCCAGGGACAGAGAUGAAGCUGGCCAAUGUGAAGAUGGAGAAGCAUGACCCGGGAUACAACAUGGCAGAUCAGUCUAGUGAGCUGGAAGACAUAUUGGAUGAUCUGCAGUGUAGCCAGCAGCAGCAGCUCUUCUCAGGCCAGCACCAGCAGCAGUCCAGACCCGUGUCUCUGCCCACCAACGUAGACAAGCAGUCCAUUAUCAAUGACAUCCUGCAGAUGACCGAGAACAACAGCAGUCCCACGGGCACCAACACCCAGCAGAAGGCCUUUCCAGGCAUGGGCCCAGGACACUUCAAUGGUCCCAGGAUGGGCCAGCCAGGACGAGUGCCCCCUGUCCGCGGUAUGUCCCUGGAUCAGUCCAAUAUGUCUGCCAAUGGUUCUCCCCGGCCCUUCCCUCUUCCCAGGAACAGCAGCCCCUACUCUGUCAUGCAGCAGCAAGCCAUGAUGGGAAACCACGGGAUGCUGCAGAGCCAGGCUAACAUGGGCAACGCAGGCAUGCCCCGGGCUGGCAUGCAGCAGGGUUGGGGUCCUCAGGGGCCAAUGGGCCAGGCUCUGCAGCAGAGAAUGGGGCCUGAUGGUCGCAUGGUGCCCAACGUCUCUGCUGGAGUCCCCAUGAGGCCCAGCAACCAGCAGCCUGGACCCAGACAGAUGGUCUCCAUGCAGAUGACGGGAAAUGAGAUGGAGAUGGCUGGUCCUCCCUACCCAGGGCAGCAGGCACCGCCCAAUCAGACUGCCCCGUGGCCUGACCGCAUGAUGUCUGUAGACCGUGGACUUUAUGACAACCAUAACAGACAGGUGUAUGGUAACCCCCAGGAGGAGGCGCUGUGUCCCCCCUCGCGGUCUGGGGAGGGGCCCUUGGAUGGGGACGCCCUGCUCAGCCAGCUCUACUCAGUGCUGAAAGACUUUGACGGCCUGGAGGAGAUUGACCGCGCCCUGGGAAUCCCCACUCUGGUCAGUCAGGGCCAGCAAGUGGAGCAGGAGCAGUAUCCUAGUCAGGAGUCGCCCAUGAUGAAGCCACCCAUGUACAGCCAGCACUACCCCCAGGCUGGCAGCAUGGCACAGGGCAACUACAUGGGCCAUCAAGACCCUGCUUUCCACGGUAUGCCCGGUCUGAUGGGCCAGCGGAUGGGCUACCCCAUGCUGCGACUCCCUGCCCGACCAUUAGGCCCGGUGCCCGCCCAACCCAACAACCUGAGGCUGCAGCUGCAGCACCGACUACAGGCACAGCUGCAGAAUCGUCAGCCAAUGAUGAAUCAGAUGGGCGUGUCCAACAUAAACUUACCUCUCAGACCCAGUGUACCCAACCAGGGAACCCUUAAUGCUCAGAUGUUGGCCCAGAGACAGAGGGAGUACCUGAGUAACCACCUGCGGCAGCGCCAGCAGCACGUCCACCAGAGAGCCAUGCUAAUGCGGGCCCAGGGCCUCAACAUCCCCCCCAAUAUGGCUGCAGUGGCUGGGGCAGUUGGGCCCUCGCAGUCCCCCGGCAUGCCCUCCGGCUCCAUGCCUGCCUCCAUGGGCACCAACCCUCGGAUCCCCCAGGCAAACCCCCAGCAGUUCCCCUACCCGGCCAGCUACGGUACUGGGCUCACAUCCCCACCGCCCUCCACCAGCCCCUUCUCCCCGCUGUCCCCUGGUCUCCCGGGGGCUCAGCAGCUCCUCUCCCCUCUCCACUCCUCCCCGAUCCCGCAUGGCUCCUCCCAGAUGAGUCUGGCUAAUCAGCAAGGGAUGAUGGGAAACGUAGGCGGACAGUUUGGAGCCGCAGUGAGUCCACAAAUGCAGCAGCACAGUGCCUUCCAGUUUCCCAGCUCAGGUAUCAACCAGCAGCAGCAGGACGCAGGCUUCAUCGGCGGCGCCACCCCCCAGAGCCCUGUCAUGUCCCCACGCAUGAGCCAUGCCCAGAGCCCCAUGAUGCAACAGCAGACCCAGGCCAACUCCACCUACCAGCCAUCCUCUGAGAUGAACGGCUGGCCUCAGGGCAACAUGUCAGGAAACAGCAUGUUCACGCAACAGUCUCAGCAGUACGUGCCCCAACAGCCUAACAGUGGAAUGUACAACGGCAGCAACGCCAACCCGAACAUGAGCGGUGUCCCCAUGGCCUCCAACGCCAACGGCAGCAUGAACAACAUGAACCAACUGUCAGCAGGCCAGAUGACCAUGACCUCUGUGUCUACAGAAAGCCUUUCCUCCAUGGGCCCUGAGCAGAACUAUUGCUAACCCCGGUCGAUUGUGGGACAACACAGUAUAAACGGCCAACACUCAAUGAAAACACUGGCAUCCAACCAAUCAAGGAGCUCCUGCAGUUCUACCCGGGUCUUUGAUUGGACAAAGACUCACCAACUGAAGAACACAACUUCCUGAACCAACCAACUGCAUUCACCUUAGUGUGACUUAGGUCCUCUCCAUACACACACACUCAAAAACACACAUGUAGCUAGGUCGAUAAACUGAAAUUAUCAACACCAACCAUACCGACCACUUAUCGCACGCAUUUUGCUGAUAUCGUUCAUUACGAUAAGUAGCCUAUACUAGAGAAAUGUGAAGUAUGAAAUACACUACCUGUUAAAAGUUUGGACACACCUACUCAUUCCAGGGUUUUUGUUUAUUUUUACUAUUUUCUACAUUGUAAAAUAAUAGUGAAGACAUCAACUAGGCAAAGGGUGGCUACUUUGAGGAAUCUCAAAUAAAUAAAAUAUUUAGAUUUGUUUAACACUUUUUUUUGGUUACUACAUGAUUCCAUAUGUGUUAUUUCAUAGUUUUAAUGUUUUCACUAUUAUUCUACAAUGUAGAAAAUAGUAAAAAUAAAGAAUAACCCUUGAAUGAGUAGGUAUGUCCAAACCUUUUGCCUGGUGCUGUAGGUUUGCUAAUAUGGGUUAAUGUUAAUGGGACAAUUGUAGGCUACAACCAUCAAACUAGUAGUAGUUUAAAGGAUAAUAAAUUAACUGUGGUAAACUUAUCGUUCUAUUUAUCAUUAUCGCAUCAAGUCAGGCAAUUUGUCGCAAUAUGGAUUUUUGUCCAUAUCGUCCAGCUCACACUGACACUUGCAUACACACAAUGGAUACAGACAAACACACGUAUACAUACAUGCAUACAACGGACCCAUACUCACAGAAUAUAGACUCAAAACUGAUCCUGUCAGCAGGCAUCUGGUCAGAUGAAUGUAUUAAUUAAGGGAUAGAACCCAGACUAUGGCUCCCGUCAGAAAAUACACUCUUUACUACUCUCUCUCCGGGUCUUUAAAAAAAUAUAUAUAUUUUCUUUGUGCGUUUGUGCUGUAUACACAUGCACGGGUGUGAGACAAGUGAUAUAUUAUAAAUGGCUCGAAGAGCAUAAACUAUACAAUUGUGUUUGAUUUUGAAUGGUUAUAUUGUAAGCCUAACUAAAGUAGUCUCUUGAAAGGUUUAUAAAAUAAAUGUUUUACAGGUAUUUAUAGUUUUUAAACUUUAGAAACAUUAUUUGUAUGACACUAUAAUAGGGAGGAAAUGGUUAAGUGACUUAACAAGUAUCCCUUAAAAUGUUACCUUAUUGUGUCUAAUUGAAUUACUUAUUUUAAGUCCUGUAGUUUUAGAUGAAAUGUUAAAGUGAAUCCCCCUGCUGCGAUAUGUAUGAAGGUGAAUGUUCAUAGGUUGUGUAUAUAUUGCAGUAUAAAUUAAUGAAAUAAGAUGUCUGUUUUCUCUCCAGCCUGGUGUUACAAAAAACAACCACUGAAAUGUGACAGUCAUAUCGUUUGUGUUGAUUACCUCACAAAGGACUGUUUUUUUUUCAGGGUUUCAACUCAUUGCAUAAUGAUUUUUCCUUGCACUUCACCUCAACCUCAAAAUGAAAGGAAUGGACAGGCCUGCCAACAGGCAUAACUGAAUUCUUUAGGGUGGUCUCUGACUGUUGAUUGGGGGUAAUGUCUAUAGAUCACCUGGAAGGUACAAAACAAGUUCUGCUUCAGUCAUGUGUAAAAUGGACAGGCAAUAUGUAUUUUUCACGCCAUAUUCCUGUACUACUCCAGUUUAGUUAUAGUCUGUAAGCACAUAGGAAAUAUGAGAUCUCACAGAACUUCUAAUUUUUAAAAAGAAUAAUAUAUAAUUUUGCUUUUUUUUUGAAGAAUGAAAAUUCCAAAUUGUCUGCAAAUGCUGAAAUGAAGUUGGCCUCACAUAAUCAAGUGUUUGUGAAAAUGUGUGGCCAGAAAAUAUCUAUUUUGUAGGUUUGCACUGGUUAUUAUGAUAUCUCUUUGACGAUGCAAAGGAUAUUUCUUAUUUUUGUGAUGGCCAAUUUCUCCCAAUUCAUGUAACAUUUUCCUAAACCAGGCAUUUUUUAAGAGUUGAGCAAAUUUUGAAGAUUAGGAUGCUCUGAUGCAAAUUAAGUCACAAAAAAAGGAAAGAUUUUUUUUUUGUCAUAGAAUGGAUGUACUGCUCUCGUUGCAAAUCCAAAGAUUUUACAAUACAACCUUUAAAAUAAACGUAAGCCAUGAAGUGUUACUGUGUUAACAGCCUUUUGUAAGGUAUGCAUCUUGGCAAUCACGACGACAAGUUUUAAGGAAAGAGUGUGCAUACGAAUAUUCAAUUCACUCACAAGGUUUGGUUGAAUUGAAUUACCUUUUUCUUCUCUGAUUCUGACUGAUCAAUAUUUUUUUUUCUUAAUUUAUAGUUUGCUAUUUGAUCAAUUGGUAAAUAUUACAUGCAAGUACCUUAACAUGCUAAAGACCUAGCAUAAUGCCUUAGACCUGUUUUUCUGUAUUGUGUAUUACUGUGAAGUUGACAGUUGUAUCAUAUAUGUAUAGUGAGAUGACAAUACUGAAGUGUGCAUCGUCACUCAAUGGCCAUAUCUGAAAUGGCACCCUAUAUAGGAUGCCAUUUCAGAUGCAACCAUUGUACUUAUGCUAUGGUUAGACUACUACACCCCUGGCUUAUUUGGUUGGUUUUCACAGAUCUUUUUUUCUCUCCCACAUUUUUAUUUGUGAUCAGUUGUGGGUUGUAUUAUUUGUACAGUUGUUUCAUAUUGACUGUCUUUUAAGAUGAGUAUGUAAACAACGAAAUGGUAAAUCAAAGCAAUAUUGUAAAACAAGAGUUUUCGUGUAGAAAGCUCAUUGUUACGGUUCAGAAAUGUAUUUUUGCAGGUGUGAUGUUCAUAUUAAAUAGCACUAUGUUCACCUGCAUCGAUGUUCAUCCACUGUGGGCAUUUUAUGCAAAAUUAAUUUACACCUUAUGCAAGCUGUUGACUAAUAUUGCUUUUGCCAAUGCUGCUUGCUAAUUUAUGAUUUAUGGCAUUGUAAAUAAAUUAUUUUUAUUAUGUUGA